AUGAAACUAUUUAUUUUAAUAUUUUUGCUAUUCAAUACAAUAUUUUGGAGUUUAAUUAAUUGUGGGGAAAAUGAUUUGAAUUUAAAUGAAGGGACUAGUUCUAUAAGUAAUGAAGUUUUAGAGAAAUUAAAGAAAAUGGCCGAAUCGUCGGUUAAUCCUCAAAGUCAGAAAUAUAAAGAAUUGUUAAAACCUAAGCGUAAAAUUAAUAAAAAUACAAAAAAGGACAUAAAUGGAAAUGAAUUGGGAAGAAAAUUAAGGAAAGCUGAAUCCGAUCGAAAAUACUACCGUAAAAAUAAGGAUAAGAUUAAUGAAAAUAAUCGGACUUAUUAUAAAAAGAAUGAAGUAAAGAGGCGAGAAUGUGCAAACAAAUAUUAUCAAAAGAACAAAGAAAAGAAGCGAGAAUAUGACCGAAAGAAGUACAUAUAUCAAAAAUAA